CUGACGUCCGACUGCGUCCUAGGCCUCGGCAGACGAAUUGAGAUCCUCGCCUCAGCGCGGAGUCCUCCGCUUCUCUAGAGGCCACUGCCGGGUUGGGCGCCAGAGACCGUCGAGAUUAGCGGCUCCACCCCGGCCGGGGAGCUGCUGACUGACCCCACCCAUCAGCCGCUGCUGAGCGACUAGAGCGAGGCGAGCGAGACCCCGGCGGCGCUAGCGGCAAGGCCGGAUCGUUCCGGGGGACAAUAGAGGCGCUGGGCCUGGCUGCGCUGAACGAUCGGGGUCGGGAGUCGAAGGCAGGAUGCUGGCGCUCUUCACGAAGCUGCUGGACUGGUUCCGGGCGCUCUUCUGGAAGGAGGAGAUGGAGCUGACUCUGGUGGGGCUGCAGUACUCGGGCAAGACCACCUUCGUCAACGUGAUCGCGUCUGGACAGUUCAAUGAAGAUAUGAUCCCAACAGUGGGCUUCAAUAUGAGAAAAAUCACCAAGGGAAAUGUAACUAUAAAGCUCUGGGACAUUGGAGGUCAGCCUCGUUUUCGUAGCAUGUGGGAGAGGUAUUGCCGUGGCGUCAGUGCAAUAGUAUACAUGGUAGAUGCUGCAGAUCAGGAAAAGAUUGAGGCUUCAAAGAAUGAACUGCACAACCUGCUUGAUAAACCACAACUCCAAGGCAUUCCUGUCUUAGUUCUCGGGAACAAGCGAGAUCUGGCUGGUGCCUUGGAUGAGAAAGAACUCAUUGAAAAGAUGAACUUGUCUGCCAUCCAGGACCGAGAGAUCUGUUGCUAUUCAAUCUCUUGCAAAGAAAAAGACAACAUUGACAUCACCCUACAGUGGCUUAUUCAGCAUUCAAAGUCCCGGCGAAGUUGAGAGCUCUUUGGCCAGGUUUUGGAUCGGGAAGAUGCGAUUGUAAAAGCCAGGCGCACCUCCUCCUUUCUCUUUCCCUAUCUCCUGCUCUUUCCAUCCCUCUUGCCCACCUCUUUUUCCCUAGAUGGGUAUUUUUAGGGGACACCAGAAUCCUCUUCUGAGAUUGAACUCCUGUUUUUAUUAUAAAGAAACUGUCUGCCCCCUCCUCUCUUUUGCUCCUUACUCUGAUUUUGGCACUGUUCUGUUGUCGUCAGUGUGUGUACAGUAUAUAUAUAUAUAAAUAUAUGUAUAUAUAUUUUAAUUUUUUAAUUUAAGCAGUUAUACUGUUACUAAAUGGGGCCUGUCGGCUGUCAAGGCGGCAGCAGCUAAUGGAUGGGGUGGUAAAGUACCAAAUGCAGUAUUGGGGAUGUCACGAGCAGCCACAGAACAAGUGGGAUCUUGCUGGGAACAGAGCAUGGCUUUGGGUGAUAUUCUCCCUGCAAGAUAACUCACUCCUUCCAUCUUUAGCACCUCUUUUCUCCUUAUGUGUCUGGCAUGAUUGUGGGGGGAGGCAUCCUCAGGAGAGCCUCCUAGAGCAGUAUUCACAUUUAAUCGUCUGGUCCAAGACUUUAGGGAAGAGCCAAUGCAGGUUUUUUUUCCCUCUGCCACUGAAUCCUUGGAGCAAUGGCCAGUUCGGUUGUUUCCUAGUAGGCAGGAGGUGCAGCCUUUCAAUCUGAGCUUUAACUCUCAUUCAACUUGCACUUGAAGAUACAGAACACCAUCUCUUGCUGCUGCUGUGUUUCAGAACCAUACCUGGUAUAUGCUGGAUGCGCUCCCUCUCGUUGAAAACCUGUAAGGCAGCUUUCUUUGCAAGGAUCAGGAAAUUUCCCUGAAUGGAAGCAGGCAGUGCAUUAUGUACAGCCCGUGACUAUGCAGAUGGCCUAGGAUUCUAGCGUCCUGCCAGAGUGACUAGGUCUGGAUCACCAACAUUCACAGAGUCCAUGUUUUUAGGCCAUCCCCUCCCACAGACUUCUGUGGAUUGUUGAGGAACAGAGUGACUUAUGCAAAAGUUCCCUUCAAAGCCCUUUGGGCAAGACAGAGUUCAUAGAAUGGUUCACUCAAAGCAUAGGCCUCAUUGUGAAUUCCAGAGCAGAGAAAGUAGGUAGAAGAAGCUGUCUUCUACCCAAGUUCAGGAUGAAGCACGAGGAGCCAGGAUUCUUUCCCAGCUUUCUUUAAGCUUAAGUCCCUCCUCCUCCUUCCACUGGUGCACCAAAGAUAUGGAAACCUUGCUUCUCAAACUUAGGGGUGAAGUUUUAGGAUAAUUUAAUAGAAGAGGGAAUUUCUUUCUAUGGCACCAGGGUUUUGUGUGAGAAGCUCCCUGGAUCACAGCAUGCUUGGCUUUCUGGCAAAGGCCAUGAUGAAAAGAUGGAGAAUUCCUGGCUAAGGGAGGUCAGACUAGGCUACUGCUCCUAUGCUUCCUCUCAGAUCACUCUGUGACUUAAAGCAGCUUCAGAGAGGUCCAAGAAGUGAAGUUAUGGAAAAUAUUUAAAGAUGCAAUAGGCUAAUACUCCUUCUUGUAAAGAUAGUUGACUGCUGGCCAUGGGGUGGGGGGGUGGGGAGGUUGGCUAUCUCUCUCCCUGUCCCGUGUAAGCUAUGGACAGGUGUACAACUGCAGGGCCCACCCUGCCCUGAGCUGCUUCCCUCAAGAGGGGAGGGUGCUUUCUGACUGCAUCUUUUCUUUUCUCAUUUUCACAGAACUACACAAGGAAAUAUUUUACUUUUUUUUAAUUUAAUCAAUUGUAUAGUGUCAUUUAUUCCUUUUUUAAAAAACAUUUUUGGCUCAUACUUUGACCUUCUCUGGGAAACAAAUCUUGUAACAGUACUUUUUUUGGCUCAAAAUAACAAUAAAUUAACAAUUUUAUGUUGGUGGUGGUUGCACUGUUACCUUUUUUCCCUCAGGUGGUUGUCUAUACUUUCUUUUCCACACUGCAUCUGAAGAUUUGAUUCUUCUGGCAUCCGAAGAUUUGAUUCUUCUGAGGGUUUUUCCCCCCCCUAUGGUGGAAGAGCAAAAAACCCUCUAUUGCCUUGAAAACAGAGACUACAAUAAUACAUGAAAGAGUUUCUUCUUGAGGUGCUGCAAAUGUCAUUCUAGUAGAGUUAGGAAUGUGCCAACCUAAACUUCUCCCAGUAUAAUUCUUCUGGUAAAGAUCUGACACUUUUUUUUUCUGGAUAAGUUCAGUGAGACUUCACCAAUGGCAUUACUCUCCAGGUAUAUCAGACUACAACUCCCAUCAUUCUCAGCCAACAUUCUCAAUGGCCAUUAUGGAAGUAGUAGGCCAAUAAGGGGAAUAAGUGGAAUAACCUGGUGUUAAGAAACAGAUGUUUAGCAGAGACAGCAAGAGAAUGUUUGAACCAAUUAAUAAAUGGUCUCUUGCUUGGAGAUGAGACAUUGCUAUUGUCUUAGCUGUAUUGCACUUUGCCAGAAAUUUGUUUGUGUUCCAUUAGACAACACGGUAGUGUAGUUCCAUUUCUGGAAUGUGACUUAAUUUUUUUUAUUCUUAUACCAAACAGACUUGAACACUCUAAUAAAAUUCAGUAUUUUGACCUUAAUUUAAGGAUACCUUCUUAUUUUCUUCCAAGUUCUGAUCAAUGAUAACUUCAGCAUUAUUUUAGAAUCUGAUUCAGGAUCAAGCCAAAGAGCUAUACUGUAUAACUAAUUGGAUGUCUCUGGAAUACAAACAGGAAUUGUCUGAGAGAGAGCUAAAACUCUUAGCCCGGCUAGUGUGACCAGGGAUUAUGGGAAUUCUUGUCUAAAACAUCUGGAGGGCACUGGAUUGCCCAUAUCCUAGCCCAGCUUCUUUUCUAACCUGAUGCUUUCCAGUUUUGUUGGACUUCUGCAGAUCCUCUGUUAGCAUGAUUGGCAUGUUUGGUCUUGGGCCUUAAAUAAAGGUUGAUUUGAUUUGAGCAUGAUUGGCUGCUUUGAAUGUGGAUUAGUCCCCAAAUCUGGAAGACUAAUAGCCACUGAAAAUCCCAAUACAUGAUCUGUUUGCAUGUUUAAGUUUAAAUCUCCCAAGGAAUCUCCAGAUUGGCUUGUGCCGUUGAAGAACCUCCUACAACUUGCUAUGGAAUCUCUGCUUGCUGCAGUGGAUAGUGGGAUACAUUUGACCAUAAACUCCUGUCUACAUAGUAGUCAGAAUUCACUGCCUCCUUGCAUCACCUAUGAAUAUUCUAGCUCAUGUCCUCCCCUGCAGCUCCAUUCUUGCACAACUGUGUAUUGCAAAAUAAAAUUUUGGAGUAACCUAUCAGAUGAGUUGUACGAGUGCCAAUAGAAACAGUUCCCUUUCAGUGAUGGUGCCUUGGUUGUAGCACCCUGUCCCCAGUCUGGUUCUUGUUACAAUCUUUUCAUCGCCCAGUGACUGCUCAUUCUUCCAUACAAGUUCAUAGUUAAACUCCUCUGCUGCUCUCUUCUUACCUUUAUGCACAGUAUAGGCUGGGACAAAAUGACAGUACUUCAAAUAGCUCCCACAUCUUGUGAACUAUUGGAGUAUGAUUGCUUUUUUAAUCUGAUGUCAGCAACUAUGCAAAUCAUGAAAUUGAUUCUGCCACCUUACUAGGAUCACUCCAGAUACUUUUUAUUCCAACAGUAGCAAGUCUGAGCAAUUCUGAUGGAAAUAGCUACCCUGUGCACUUGCAUACAUUUUUUUUUUGGGUGGGGGAGUGGAUUUGAAUGAAGGUUACCCUUCCUGGCCCCAACUUCUUUGAAAUGUUCAACCCUUUCCUUUCUUGCCCUCCCCCAAUUCUGCAGUAUUCCAAGCAGGCUUGGUUGAUCUCUUUUUUUCCCACUCUCCAUUCCCCACCCCCAGUGUUCUGACCAACCAGGAGCUGUCACAACAAGUCCAGCAUUGUUCUUGCUUGGCCCUUGCUCAGGGGAAGCCAGCAGAGAGAGCAUAGUAUGAAUAGCAGCUCCCAUCCAUUCCUCUGUUGUACUGUUAGAUAUUCAGGUCACACUAGUGCUUUGGCUGCACACCCUUCAACCAUCCUGGUAGGGCUUGGAUCAAGAGUCAUGAAUCCACGCAGCAGCCUCCUCUCGCUCUGCAUCUGUGUCAUAAUUGUUCAGGCUUGCUUCAAUCACUUGGAAUAUUUCCAGCCCAUUAUCAGCUUCUAUGUUGGCAACAAGUAUGUGUUAGCUUGCAUGUACAUAGCUUCCUGGGUUUUUUCUUACACCGGAGGGGCUAUCAUUCCCACCAACCUUACUAGCUUGUGGUUGGGGAGAUGGGAGUUACAGUCCAGCAUCAUCUCCACCACUGAUCUACAAACUGAUCCAAAUAAAAAUGGUUGAGUCAAAAAGUUUUUUCUGAUACACUUUUAUGCAAAGGCUAAGUGGAGACUAGAAAGGAUGUGUCUGGUUGUAUUGCUGUGAUCGCCAGAAUUUGGAGAAAUGCAGAUCUAUCAAACCAUUGCUGUUUCUCCCUUUUCUGUGACUCAUGUAAAGCUGCUGGUACUGCUUCAUCAACUCUAGCCCCAUUGAAUUUGUUGAAGUGGGUUGAGUAUAGGUGAUGUACAUAAAUAAAUUAAAUAA